CGCAUUCUCUUUUGUUGCUUACUUUACUAUUAUUAUUAAUGGUAUCGUCGAAAAGGCCGAUGAUAAAAUAUUCCAAUCCCAUUCCCCAAACAUUUUCAUCUCUAUCCUCUUCUCAUAUUCCUCAUUCCUUCUCAUUCUCUCACUCAACUCAGCAAUUCGCACAAGCAUUUCUCGUAAUCGUCGAUUCUCAACAACAAUUUUUUAUUUUUUUUAUAAAAAUAUAUUUUUGGCAUGAAAUUUGGGAAGGAGUUUCGUAUCCACCUUGACGAAACCCUACCCGAAUGGAGGGACAAGUUUCUAUGUUACAAGCCAUUGAAGAAGCUUCUCAAGCACAUCCCCUCCACCGCCGAUGACGCUUCCUCCGCCGCCGUAGACCACCGUCUUCAGCUGGUUCCGCCAUUGGCCGAGCUCCAGGACUGGUUCGUGAAGAUUCUCAGCGAAGAACUCGAAAAGUUCAACGAUUUCUAUGUUGAUAAAGAGGAAGAGUUCGUCAUUCGCCUUCAGGAGUUGAAGGAAAGAAUUGAGUGGGUGCAAGAAAAGAGCAGCAAGGAUGGGGUCUUCACAUCAGAGACUGAAUUCGGUGAAGAGGUGAUGGACAUCCGUAAGGACUAUGUCACCAUACAUGGAGAGAUGGUGCUUCUCAAAAACUAUAGCUCCCUAAAUUUUGCAGGUCUAAUUAAGAUUUUGAAGAAGUACGACAAAAGAACCGGUGGAUUGCUGCAGCUGCCUUUUACGCAACUCGCACUUGAUCAGCCCUUCUUCACAACAGAACCUCUCACAAGGCUAGUACGAGAGUGUGAGGCAAAUCUUGAGCUCCUUUUCCCAUUGGAAGCAGAAGUUGUUCAAUCUUCUACUACUGAACGAGAUCAAAGUAACCUUGCACCUGGUGAGAUGACAAAUAUUUCUGCAGAGACAUCAUCAUCACUUGGGGAAGAAACAAUAGAUGUAUACCGGAGAACCCUUGCAGCAAUGAGAACUAUACAGGGCCUUAAAAGGGCAAGCUCCACACAUAAUCCAUUGUCAUUUGCAUCACUUUUUGGGAGCCAGGAUAAUGAAAGCAAUGGUGCUGUGACUGCAGAAAACUCACCUUGUGCCGAUUCUUUAGCCAGCUUGCAGAAUGGACAGGAGGCAAGCUCAGAUGUUGCCCAUUCCCCCAAGUAGAACUCAACUUUCUGGUGAUUGUGCUUUCUCUUGGUUCUGAUAUAACCUUGUAAUGGGAGAGACUGAAUGUAAGAUGUGCUUAAUAAGCUGUUGGCCAUAUAUUUAGGAUAUCAUUGUGUACAACUAGAUUUUAUGGUGGAUUAAUUGUGUAAUUUGGAUCACAGUAAUAUUUAUUCCAGUGGCUAUUACGAGUUCCAGUUUCUAACUAA